AUGGCGUUGCCGCAACAGAAACUUCCUUGCUACGACCUUGUCAUCGUCGGAGCUGGUCCUGUUGGUUUAAUGCUUUCGACAUGCCUUGCUCGCUGGGGUUAUAGUAUAAAGCAUAUCGAUAAUCGCCCGGAGCCAACAGCCACAGGACGUGCGGAUGGCAUACAACCCCGGUCUCUCGAUUUACUCCGCAAUAUGGGCCUGAAGUCUGACAUAAUGGCACACAAGCCUGCGCGUGUUUUCGAGGUUGCGUUCUGGGACCCUUGUGACUCUCUAUCUGGUAUUCAGAGAACGGGGACCUGGGCGUCGUGCCCAGAUUUUAUCGAUGCGCGCUAUCCUUUUACCACCCUCCUGCAUCAGGGCCACAUUGAGCGAGUAUUUCUCUCAGAUCUAAAGAAACAUGGUGUCGAGGUUCAGCGCCCAUGGACUAUUGCCGGCUUUCAGUCAGACGAUUCGCAACAUCCAGACUAUCCAGUCACUGUGCAGCUUGAGCAUGUAGAUGGCACCACCAAGGAACAAAUACACACUAAGUAUCUCUUUGGCGGCGAAGGAUCCAGAUCUUUGAUUCGCCAGCAGCUGAAUAUUGAACUCCGCCACAAGGAUCCCAUUCACCACGUUUGGGGUGUCAUGGAUGGUGUUGUGCAGACCAAUUUUCCCGAUAUAAAGAUGAAAUGUACCAUUCAUAGCCAUCAUGGGUCCAUCAUGGUGAUCCCUCGCGAGAAUAACAUGGUUCGUCUCUAUAUUCAGAUUGCGUCGUCAACCGAUCCAGACUGGAAUCCCCGCAAAACGGCCACUGCCGAACAAGUACAGGAAUCCGCCAAAAAAAUUCUUCAGCCUUAUUAUAUUGUGUGGGAGCGCGUUGAGUGGUACUCCGUUUACCCAAUUGGGCAGGGACUAUCGGAUCGCUAUUCUUUAGACCAGCGUGUCUUUCUUGGUGGCGACGCGUGCCAUACCCAUAGCCCCAAGGCUGGCCAGGGCAUGAAUACGGCUUUCCUCGAUGCACAAAAUUUGGCGUGGAAGAUACACGCCGUAGAAGCCGGUUUCGCGGCCCGUGAUAUCCUCAAGACAUAUGAGACGGAACGUCGCAGUGUUGCUCAAGCUCUGCUAGACUUUGAUAACCGCUACGCCAAGCUGUUCUCCCAACGGCCCCCUGAACAGGGUGACGUCGAGGCGGCAUCGAAAUCGCCUUCUGCUAACGAAUUGACUGAUAGCGAAUUCAUCAAGACGUUCAAGGAGUCUUGCGAAUUCACGAGCGGCUACGGUGUAUCUUAUCAACCCAAUGAGCUCAACUGGUCGUCGAGGCAUGCUGCUCAGUCACCACUGAUCCACCCUGCCGGAACAACACUAACCACCGGUCGAAUCUUUAAGAAUUCCGAUGUAACAAGAGUUUCUGACGCAAACGUUGUACAUCUUGAACAGGAAGUUCCGUGGAAUGGAUCUUUCAGAUUAUUCCUUUUCGCCGGCAACCCCAGCAAAACUGCCACCGCAGUCGCUGAUUUCGCCCACUACGUGCAGGAUAAGCGUUCCUUCUACGCUAACUACCUGCGAGACGACAUUAGCCAAGUGUCGCAUCAUGAGAUACAUAAUCCGCACAGCAAAUUUUUCACCAUUUGCACCAUUCUCGCAGCAAAACGUCAUCAGGUCGAGAUCGACAAGCAGCUUCCUCUUCUUCUAGCACGAUACCGAGAUCACAUUUACGCUGAUGAUCGAUGGGAUCGCCACUUUCCCAACUCUGAUGCCACUGCGCAUGCUCGCAUGGGACUUGACUCAGAGGAGGGAGGUGUAGUCGUUGUGCGACCUGAUGGCUACGUUGGCAUGGUGGUCCGGCUAGUCGAGGGUAGCGGCACAGUGGAAGCUCUGAACGAGUACUUUUCCGCCUUUUGUACAAAGAACAUGGGCGGUCUAUCGCAUUUCGGGGACGGCACAGCAGCUUCGCGAUGCAUCGACACCGGAGAUUGGAGGCCUGUGGACACCCCCGGAAUUUCAAUUUAA